AUGGAGGCUACGGCGGCGCCAUUUUCGUCCAUUGUCUCUUCCAGACAAAACCUUCCUUCUUCUUCGAUUCGCCCUUCUUCCCCGACUUCUUUGUUCCUCUCCCGGAAGAAGAAUCUUGGCUAUGUUAAUCUCAAGUUCAAAUCUCGCCUCUCUGUUCACGCAUCUUCUACCUCUGAUUCUGUUGUGACUUUGCUUGAUUACGGAGCCGGGAAUGUCCGGAGUAUCCGCAACGCUCUUCGUCAUCUCGGGUUAAGCAUCAAAGACGUUCAAACGCCGGAAGACAUUCUGAAUGCUGAUCGCCUCGUCUUUCCCGGUGUUGGAGCUUUUGCACCCGCCAUGGAUGUCCUUAACAAAACCGGGAUGGCUGAAGCCUUGUGUACAUAUAUUGAGAAUGACCGUCCAUUUCUAGGCAUAUGCCUUGGCCUACAAUUACUGUUCGAGUCUAGUGAGGAGAAUGGACCAGUCAAAGGUCUUGGUGUGAUUCCGGGAACAGUUGGACGCUUUGAUUCUUCUGCUGGUAUAACAGUACCCCACAUUGGAUGGAAUGCUUUGCAAGUGGGCAAGGGUUCUGAAAUUCUGGAUGAUGUUGGAAAUCGUCAUGUAUAUUUUGUUCAUUCAUACCGGGCCAUUCCGUCAAAUGAAAAUAAGGAAUGGAUUUCGUCAACCUGCAACUAUGGUGAAUCAUUUAUAUCUUCCAUAAGAAGGGGAAAUGUGCAUGCAGUCCAAUUCCAUCCUGAAAAGAGUGGGGAAACGGGGCUUUCUGUCUUAAGAAGGUUCUUGGAUCCUAAAUUACCCGCGACACAGAAGCCAAUGGAAGGGAAGGCUUCAAAACUUGCAAAGCGGGUUAUUGCUUGUCUUGAUGUGAGGAGUAAUGAUAAAGGAGAUCUUGUAGUAACGAAAGGGGACCAAUAUGAUGUGAGAGAGCAAUCUAAUGAAAACGAGGUUCGAAACCUUGGCAAACCUGUGGAUUUGGCUGGGCAGUAUUACAAAGAUGGUGCAGAUGAGAUUAGCUUCUUGAACAUAACUGGAUUCCGGGAUUUUCCUCUAGGGGAUUUGCCGAUGAUACAGGUGUUGAGGUACACAUCAGAGAAUGUCUUUGUACCGCUAACUGUCGGAGGUGGUAUUAGAGAUUUUACAGAUGCUAGCGGCAGGUAUUAUUCUAGCUUGGAAGUAGCUGCUGAGUAUUUCAGAUCCGGUGCGGACAAGAUAUCCAUUGGAAGUGAUGCUGUUUACGCUGCGGAAGAGUUUAUGAAAUCAGGGGUGAAGACUGGAAAGAGUAGUUUAGAACAGAUAUCUAGAGUUUAUGGAAAUCAGGCAGUGGUUGUAAGUAUUGAUCCUCGUAGAGUUUAUGUGAACCAUCCUGAUGAUGUGCCAUAUAAGGUCAUCAGAUUAACUAACCCAGGCCCAAAUGGGGAAGAAUAUGCGUGGUACCAGUGCACGGUCAGUGGUGGACGAGAAGGUCGGCCUAUUGGAGCGUACGAACUUGCGAAAGCGGUUGAGGAAUUAGGAGCUGGUGAAAUUCUACUGAACUGCAUAGACUGUGAUGGUCAAGGGAAAGGAUUUGACAUAGACUUGGUAAAGCUCAUCUCUGAUUCAGUAGGCAUACCGGUGAUCGCAAGCAGUGGAGCAGGCACUCCCCAGCACUUUUCUGAGGUGUUUGAGACGACUAACGCAUCUGCUGCCCUUGCUGCUGGAAUUUUCCACCGGAAAGAGGUACCAAUCCAAACUGUGAAAGAGCACUUACUAGAGAAGAGCAUAGAAGUGAGGAUCUGA